UCUAAACUGUAGAAGUUGUAUCAGAAGGAAUUUGCUUCGUUGUAAAACCGUUUAGUAUUCGAUCCAAUACAUUUAUUUUGCAAGUUUCAACAAGGAGAAAUAUAGCUUAACUUCAAAUAAUUUUUAAUCUCACUUAAUCUGCUCUUUGGAACGCGUUGAUGUCAUCGGAAAUUUUGGCUUGACUGAAGAUUUUGAAGACUUGAUACGAUCUGUUUCUUAUACCUAACGAUGUCCAUUCAAUCACCUUCACAAGGUUCUAAUAAGCCACCACGCUCAGGUAUGUACUAAAAAAUUGACUUUGAGCUCUUUCGAUUGGAUUUACCAGCCUUGUGUAUUUAUAUAAAAAAUAUAUUAAAUUUAAUCCUUGGCAUACAAGUUUUCACUGCUGCUUUUAUGUUUUGCUGUACAGGAGGGCAAUCUGCCUCACGCCAGUCAGAAAAAGCUGCAUUUCAGUCGGUAAAGUCAAGCUCUCCUGGAAAUCAAUCCGCUUUGUCAGGUAAACUGGACUAAUUUUAGUUAAACAGACUUAGUAUAUACCUAUCUAGCUAUGUAAUAUUUAAAGCACAUGGCAUUGAAAACGGUAAUAUUCUCCCAGUGCCAAACAGUGCUUUGAAACAGGAGGAGGGGUUGUACUAAACCCACAUACCUAUAUAUAGAAGUAUAUAUCUAGAAUAGAACAUCGUUAUUUAAGAUGUUCCCAAGGAUAUGAUGCUUCAAGCACAGACACAAAAAAACACAGGAUGGACAAGACUGUACAUUGUAUCCAAGGCUGUGCUCUACAGCAGUGCAUUGUGGCCCCUGGUGGCUAACUUUUGCUCUCGGGCAACUAGAAAAUCUUAGCUUUUUCACAGAAAUCAUAUGCUGGGCACCCUGGAUAAUUUUUUCACAUGUUGAAGCACUGGGUUCCCUUCAAUUUUUCAGCACAGCCUUGGUAUCUUGAGAUCAGGGCACAGGUAGGCAGGGCAGAUACAGAUACUUUGCAAUAUUUGAGUUCAUGCAGCAUUAGGAAUAAUUGUUAUUUUUACAGUCAAAGCUUUCUCAACAGACACUCAGGUUUGCAGACAGUUUUAGACAGCUUGAAAAAAAAACUAAUAAUAAACUAUCCAAUUUCAAAGACCAUUCCCAUAAACUGAGCUAGUUGCAGACACCUUUUACGGUCUCGAAGGAUGUCCACUUAAAGGAGCUUUGACUGUAUUAUUGUUGUUGUCUUUUUCCCAGUAAGUUGAUAAGAACUUGUGGUUUAGCAUCAUUAUUUCAAAAUAGUAUUAAGGGCAUUAUUGAUUCUAGCCUGAUUGAAGUGACUGUCUGUUGUUCUUGUUCCCAGUGAUAGAGUCUGUGGUGAAUCCAAACCGCAAUCCUUUUACCAUCCCAAAAGACAAUGAUGUAUUCAUGUUGAGGGACAGGGAAAGACAGAAAAAGAAACAGGUUUGAUUAUUUACUUCCUUAUUUUUGUACUCUGUACAGUUGCAGUGUUUAAUGUUGAGCUAGAAUAUGUGCAGUUGGAUAAAGAGUGCAUUAUUUUUUGUUUUCUCAAAACUUUUGUGGAAAGUUAGCAAAAAUUUAGUCCAGGUAGCAAUGCUAGUGUACAUUAAUAUGGCCUUAGUUGGAAAUAUAGUUAUCAGUGAUUUUCUGUUUUGAUACUGUAGGAAAGGAUUAAUCAGCGUAAGUUAAAAGUGCAUGAAAAAACUACCUAUGCAUCACGUGUCAACACAAAAACAGCAGCAAUGAGAAAAAUAGCAGAUGAUAGUGAAGAUGAAUUUGUUGAGGAAGAGAAGAAAAAGGAAAAAGAUGGAGUCAUUGCUGUAAAAGAUGAUCCACAGUUUACUCUGGCAAUCACAAGAGGUAGGCAAUAAAAAUAGAAUAAUAGAAUGCAGAAAUAUACAUGUAAUACAAGUCAUAUAUAUAUAACUUCAUACUUAGUUUGCUAUAGCUAACAUAAUUCAGACUUUUCAGUAGUUUUGUGGAGUAGGUCUGCAAUACAGCUUUUCGGUUGCUUAUCGUUUCUUCUGUUUUAGAUCGCCACGUAGAAAAAGAAAAUUUAGCAGACUUUAUUUCCAAGAAAAGAGAAAUGUUUCUGGUUCAGGUACGUUUUUGUUCGAAAAUCUUGUGAAAAAGUCAGUGAAGGAUAAAUAGAGAAUAAUACAUGGUCCCGCGGAGAUAUGGAAUUUAUCUUCGAGUGUUCACAUCGAUAUCGAACGAGUGAGCGCAGCGACUGAGUGAGAUAUUGAAUGUGAACACGAGAAGAUAAAUUCCAUAUCUCCAAGCGUCCAUGUAUUAUUCUGUUUAUUAUAUAAACAUACUGAUGACGGCGUUUUUGAUGAUUUUCCGAAGAUUUCCGAAGAUUUUUCAAAUUGUCCCGAAGACCAGACGAAUGUUCCCGAACAUUUUCCGAGAAUUUCCGAAAAUUUCCGAAGAUUUCCGAAGAUUGCCGAGCACUUUCGAGGAAGACCCAAAGAUGUUUCGAUGAUACACCAACGAAUUUAAGUACAAUUUAAGAGACAAACCUGAUGUCAGUGAAAUUAUUGAUAUCUUCACAUGUAAAAAUAUCGUAUUUUUACGUGUGUUCAGAUACCACAUUUCUCGGUGGUAGAAAUCCUUGUAAAACACUGCAGUUUAUAUAAUAAAAUAAUGUAAUCAACAAAGCAAUCCUUGGAUUAAUUUAUGUCUCAUUUUUUCACUUCAGUAUUCGUUAGGGGUGAAACGUGAUGAAAUGAGAAAACUGGAAGAAAUUGCACAGGUACGAAACUGCAUAGGAGGAAUUAUGACGCAGGGUGGCUGAGUGGUUAGAACGCUGAAUUUGUAAUCUUAAGGCUGUGAGUGCGAUAGUCUCGCCCUGACUGCUUGCUAGAUUUGUUCUCGGUAGUCCUGAGUUCAAAUCCUCAGCCACGCUUGUAAAUAGCCAACUGGUUCAACUCCUAUAAGCUACCAGUUGGGAUUCUUAACCAUGUUAUGUUCCAUUUGAAUAAUUGGCUCAUUAUCCCUGAAAAGCCUCAUAAGGGGAGAUUUUAAUUAAGUAUUAAUUAUUAUUAUUAAUUAUUAUAUGAUCAUUUAAGUACUAGGUUUCAGCUUGUUCAUUCUCUAAUUUGAGUAAAAGCAAUAAAGUGUUAUAGUCUUUCACUCUGUUAGACUUGCAUUUAUUUAUAUGAUUACUGUUAUUACAUGUACCUUAGACUUAGACUUUACCUUGGACUUAGGUAGCCAGUGUACAGACGUCCCCCAUCCCUCAGAAAAAAAUCGGGAGGGAGGGGGGAGGUCUGUACACAGGCUAAAACUUAGGAUGAAAACUGCAUAAUGAUUGAUUACACAGAUAAAAUGUAAAAGAACUCAACGGUUUUCAUAUUCUGUCCCUCAUUUAGGCAGAGGAAAAGAAACUUGAGCUUGCAGAGCAGUACCUUGAAGAAGAUGCUGCAAUGUUUGAUGAAUUCUUAAAAGAAAAUGACAAGAAUUCUGUGGAGGCUAUUAAAAUGUAAUUGUCAGCAAAUUAUAGUUCUUAACCUGAGAUCAAAACCAGAGAACACUGUCUAUCUUUUUCUUUCACUUUUUCAUGCUGUUUUUUAUAAUUUUUGAUCUUCUUGAUUUCCAUAGUGCUGAAGCUGAAACUAAACUGAAACUUGAAAAAGUAGCUGAGAUAAAGAAAAUCAAUGCACAAAUGAUGGCAAUUAAAAGGUGAACUGCUGCAUGCAAUAAGCAUUUAUUUUUUGUUUAAUAUAUUUUCAGUAUACAUUAUGUACAGCAGUGCAGCCAACUGUGUCUUUAAGAGACAUCUCCAUUGAAUAAAAUGAACUUUAAAGUUUACACUUGUAAUCCUAAAAAUCAUGUACAGGUGUCCAGAGUUGAUUGAUACAAUACAAUACAAUGUUCUUUAUUUUGAGAGGGUAGAUACAUGAUUAACCCAGUAAAUAGUUUUCUAACACAUGGCCCCUGCUGUUUGGCAGUCAUCUGUUAUGACCUUGAACAAAGUAGCUAGAUUCCUCUCUAAAGGACCACCGCGGUCAAACGUCUUAAUCGUUAUUUUUGUUUUUUAUUGCUGGGAUUUCAUUUACCAGUUAGAGAAAAAUGGGCAAAGAUGUAUAAAUCAGUUAGUCAACAUAACUAUCUUUCCAUUUUUCUCAAAAUUUGGACUUUUUUCGCUGAGAACGCUUCGCGCUAAAAGAGAAUCAAGGUGGAAAAUGGCGCCGAUAAUAACGUCAGCAUCGGUUUUCAAUCACCUAGAACUUUUUUAGUAAACUUUUAAAAAGUUUAGUAAACUAACAGGAUGUUGGUAAUACCCUAAACUUUCAAUAGUGAAAGUAGCAACCUUAACUUUGAAGUAUUUCGCUUAACUUUUGCAAAUUUCACUCGUUUGACCGCUGUGAACUCUAAAGGUCAAUAAGUUCAAGACUAGGCUCCCUAUUGGGGCAAAAAACUGAAUAAUGGGAUGCAAAGAAUUGGUGAGCAAAGCAAGCCAGGGGACUGGGGAGGGGGAAAGAGCUUGUUAGGAUGUUUGUUAAAUCACAUCUGAUCAUGCGGACUGCAAGAGAGCGUACUAUUCAAUUGUUACUAGUUAGUAAAAAAAUAAAUCGAAUUCUUAAUAUAAAGGGGCUUUUCUGACAUUAUAAUCGAUGAUUGAUGGGAUGGGUCAAUCCAGUUACUUCUGAUGAUUGAUUUUGACAUCUCAGCCGUUUAACUCUACUUGCUGUGAGGUAUUUCAAUGUUUAACCCCUAAAUUCCUGCUCAUUUUUUUUAGUGAAAUCUCUAAGAAUGAAGACACGCUAAAGGAAUACAUGUUAUACAAACAGUUUCUGGACUCCCUCACGCCCCAGGUAAUGCCGCUAAAACCUUGAUUUUCAUUUUGUUAGUCGGCCAGGUCCUCAUUAUUUUGUGUUCUGUUCUCACCAACAGGAAUGGAAAGAUGAAAAAAGAAAAGUUAAAGAAGAGAAAAAGGUAAAUGCUCAUUUUCUAAUAACUCAUUCGCUCUUGGGAAUUUUGUAUAUCGUCAGCCAAAACUGCCCAAAACGCGUCUUAUAGGUCGAGCACUCUUUGGUCGACCUUCUUUGAGCUUCUGAAGUUCGGGAAUGCUUCACUCUUCUUGCGCUUUUCUUGCCACAUUUUUUCUCUUGUGUUGGGUCUUUGAGUUCUCUGUUUAAUUUCGGUGGGAAACGUUUUUGGGAAAGCUUUAAGGAUCUUAUGAUAUGGAAGGAAGUACAGGUAGGUAGUCACCAGUGGAACAAUUUUCUUUGGAAUUAUCUGGUCAACUUUACUUGUUGAUUUUUUCCGCCCCCCUCGACUGAAUCGCGCUUAUUCCAGCAUGGUUUUAAAGAUUUUUUUUUUGAAGACAAAGUUGUCCUUGACCGUGAGAACUGAUGACUUCGUGGUGAGUACAAGGAACGUGGAUCAGCAUGGGCAUACGGUUACUUCAGGGUCGAGUGGGUUACUAUGCUACUACUUCCAACUAUUUUGUAUGAUAAAACGUAACUCUGGAUAUUCAUUUGUCCUUCUUUCUCAGAAAGCAAAGCAAAAGGAGAGAGGUUCAGUGAACAAAAAGAAAAGUGAGUCUGUUUUUCCGAAAUAUCUACACACCUAUUUUGAUUUCCAACCCCACAUGUCAUCAAACUUAACCUUCUAACCUCUUGUAACUCUACCUCUCUCCCAAACUAUUCUAGUAACCAUACACAGUUCUGGCAGAACAUCUAGUCGUACAAGCCACAAGGACAGCAGAACAAGCUCUGUAAGUAGACUUGAUCAGAUAGGUUAUGUUUCCUACCUUUUAGCUAAUUUAAAUUUGUGAACCUAGCUUAUGCGGGGCUUUUCUUCCUUGCCAAAAGUCUGGUAGCUACUCUCAUUGGAUUUUCCUAGUUUUUCUUAGUUUUGGAAACUAGCCCUUUAAACUGCGAAAAUUCGCUUUUGAUCUUGAAAAAGGAGCAUGUGGGUACUUAAAGUGGCGGUUUUAGUGAGUACAUGUAAUUUCCACCCGUCUCGCGCCAUCAGUCACGCGCGUGGCCAUUUGCGUGUCUCGCGUUUUGCUUGACGGACUACAGAAAAAAGAGAGACUGCUCGUAGUCUACCAGUUCUAUAUGAUGGUGGAAGUAAAAAAACAAACAAAUAAAAAACAAAAACAACAAUUUUUGACAAUUAUAAUUUACCCUCAGAAGCUAUCUGCUCAUCUUAAUACAGUGGAGGCCAUUACUAAAAGGAAUGUGUAGUGGACAAGUAGCGAAGUUGGAUAUCUCUAGUUCCACAAGCGAGACAAACCGGAUUAGGGUUAUCGCACUUCUAAUGCAUGAACUUGGAGUUACAUGUGGCUUGACGCAGGGUUAACUCUUUAGUAACAAAAUAGAUGAGUACUCAUUUCAACUGUGUUACAUAAUCGUACACUGACAAAUUGUGAGGUAUAGUUGCACAUAAAGAUUUUACAAACAAAUGUAAUGUUUUGACACACAAAUGCAUGAAAAAGUCUAUUUUCAUUAAUUCUGUCCGCAGAAACUCGCAGGCAGUCCUCAAGGAAAACAGUAAGUGUUCAUUAUUUUGUGUUUUAUCGCAAGAAAUUACACGAGCCGGUCGCUUAGGUCCCGUUUAGUUCUAGAGAGCUAUCUUUCGUUGUCGUGGUUGUUGCUGUAUUGUUUUGCAUUAUACAAAAGAGCUGGGACCAGCAUUUUUCAUCGUAACUAACUUGCUUCAAUUUCGUUAAAUCUCAAGUCAAAGGAGCGAUGCUGAAGAUAGUUCAGCUUCCUUGUACGACACGGAUGAAGAAGAGAGCGAUAAUGUAAGCUCAGUUCUUAUUAUAUUAUGAUAAUUAUUAGUACUACAUUAUCAGUUUCACGGCAUUUUUUGUAAAUUUCUUUAUGCAGAGCCCUAAGCGAUACCUGAAUGGGUAAUAAUAGUGACUUUAUGUCCCAAACACCCUGAGUGAGAUCAAACUCUGCAAUUUACACCGCUAAGCAAGAUGACGAGCAUCUUCGUCGUCAUCCCCGGUCCUAGUAACCCUCCGUGGAUUUGUCGUGUAACUUUUUUCUCGAUGUAACUUUAGGAUUCAUUUUGUCUAUUUCUCACAGGAGCCCGAGUUAUUUUUCGCUGACCCCCAGCAACUUCUCGACAUAUUUGCUGAACUCGAAGAACAGAAUUUGUCUCUUAUCCAAAACAGCCAGGAAACCGAAGAAGCACUCGAGGAACUGCGGCAGACAAUUAAGCAAACGCAAGAUAGAAUGUAAGAACUCCAUCACUGUCAAUUUGGUUUUUAUUGUUUUUUAGACCCUGUCCACACUAGUGCGUUUUCAAAAAUGUUGUCAUCGAAAACGCAUCGAUCGAUUCGUGUCCACUCAGACCAACGUUUUGAUGCGUUUUCGAAUGUCCACACUGAAACGUUUAAAAAUGAUAGAAUUGCACAUUGUAAGUUCAACUCUGUGUACUUGCUUCAAACACAUACGCCUGCGAUAUAUUCGGUGCUCGUUUUCAUUUUCAUUCGUUUUCGAACGUCCGUACUGAUCGGUUAUGUUUUUGUUCUGGCUUUGAUCCACUUUCAAGAGCGUUUUCAAAUCCAUGCAGUUUUGAUGAAAACGCUGAGCGUAUUGGUGGGGACGGAAGGCCUAAACGCAUUAGUGCAUUAGUGUGAACGGGCUGUUUUGAGAACAUUAUAACACGAGUUUGCGCCAGAAAAGAAUAUAAAAUAAUUGUUAUAAAGGACAGACACGUCUUGUCUCAAAAUGGAAGUUACAAAGUAUAUUAUUUCCACAGGAACCGUGAAACUGAAAUUCUCAAAGGCCAGAUUGACUUCUUAAAUGAUGCCAUUAACAGAGAAGAGGAAAGAGCGAAAGAACUGGAAAUGAAAUCAAAGUAAGCUAAUCAUGAUCAGUACGAUUAUUUUGUGCAGAGAACCGAGUUUAUAAAUUAUGAACAUUUUUAUUUCUGUUCUUGUUUUUCUUCAGUUUGUCAACCAGAUAAAAAUAUUUCUUUAUUGCUUUUUGUUUUCAUGUAGAAUGUUUUCAUAUGGCGAAUUUAAAGCUGAAGAUCAGGUAAACAAGCUACUGUCGUAUGUCCCCAUUUUAAAGCACUAAUUUCGAAAGAACAAGUGAUGCAUGGCGCUGCGCCAAUUGGGAGUGCUAAGUUUCUUGUAAAACUUGUAAAUUGAAAGCUUUGAUUUGCAAUCUUUGACAGGCGUUGCUCAAUUUCUGAAAGUCUUUGAAACUGAAACUAUUCAAACGCGAGAGAGAUGUCCCCCAAAAAUUCACCAAAAUGUCACCCAUUUUUAUAAGGGAAGACUGUCUUGUUCACCCUCUUGAACUUUGCCUAAUUUUGAUUUCUUUUGCUGCUCUGCAGGAAAAAAUGCUACAGACGCUCAACAAAAAAGUGGAAGAAGUUUAUCGAAAUUGUAUUGGUGAUAACGAAGCAAAUAUAAGGUGAUUAAAACAGAUUAUUCGAUGAAACAAAUUAGCGUGCACGUUUUACGGUGUAAAGUUGUCGUAUGACAACCCGAAAUUUUGUCUAAAGGGUGGAUUAAUUUUCCGUUAAUUUUAUCGCGACUAUUCCAACUCACUGACCUUGUUCAAUGUAGGCGAACUCCCGUCUGUUGUUGUUCUAUGUUGUCCUCCAUAAAACGUAAAAUUAGGCAUCUUCUCGUCGUAGCCGUAGUCGGCAAAUAAAUGUUGAAAAAAGUGUGCUGCACGUGCAUACAGUUGUUGUUUUUGCCUAUCAAGGCCCCGAGGGACACCAUUAAUGAAUAAAUUCAUAAGGCAAAAUUUUGCUUGUUACAUCUUUAGCAACGCUUACGUCUCGGCUGUUCUUCUUUUCUUUUCUUUCUUUCUCUUUUUUUAGAAGGUAGGUGGGUCCUCACUGUCUGUCUGUCCUCUUGGUUCGUUAGUUUGUUGGUUAACAACGUGGCAUUGAGUUUGCGGUUCAAAAGGAUUCGAUAAAACACCUGUAUCCAAGCGGAUAAUAAUACGGGUCCGUUACGGACGGGGGAGACGUACCCAGGUUGCCAGUAGCCUGUACACAGACGUUGUUUUUUUCCUUUUCGUUUCUCCCUACCCCUUGCGCUGGCGGUCAAUAAAUCCCCCGCGGUUUAUAUUUUUUAUCACGCGCGCUCAACGGACUUUGAAGAAAAAAUAGAGAAUCUGUGAACAGGAUAGGGUGCCAGAGACUCUUCACGCGCAGUCUCCGGCCUCGGUUUCGGUAAAGUUUUGUGACCCGAAAAGCGCGAUCUGCCAAGUAAAGACAAGCCUGCUUAACGUCCAUUGUUCUUCAAUGACUGUGUCUGGAAAAUUUUAUCUACACCUCUGAAACAGUGAUUUGUGAUAGCAAGUACGAUCACGACACCAAGCAAAACCAGGUUGAUCGUUGAGUGCUCUAGAUAUUUAAACAACUUUUUUGGAGACAAAAAGAGUAGAAUAUGUGAAAUGUUAUAGCGGCUCAAAGUAUUAAUGUUUAUUGAUUGUAUUCGCAGCACUCUACAAAUGCUAACAAACAUUGAGAAUCGCCUGGAGGAACUUUUUGAACAGAUAGAAGUCAUGCCCCCAGACAGAGUAGAGAUGGCUGAAAAGGUUAGAUGAGAAAAAUUACAAAAUUCAGUAAGCAACAACAAGCUGCUUUCAAAUCGAAACAUCACUCAGUGAAACGUUAUGAAAUCCUGCAUGGUAAUAAUUUUGCCCCACACCCUGUUUUAGUUCCGAUGAACGCGUAAUUUUGCGGUGAUAUCUAGACACUGGCUUUGUCUCUUAUAAUUUCUGUAACCAAGUAUCUACGUCCAUUUCAUUGAUUAAAUUGAGUAGUUUACAAUGCUGCAGUUUGUAUGAUCUUUCCGUUUAGUGAGGCAACGUCGUAAAAUACCUAAGACUAAGACUUAGUUACAUGAUCAAGUGAAUAGUGAUCGACCCGUAACGUGAUAUUUUCCAGGCAAAAGAGAAAGAACGACGCAUGCGCCUUCGAGAGGAGAAGAUGGAGCAACAAAGACUGCACCAAGAGGAUAGAGUCAGAAGGGCUCUUGAACGAGCUCAGGCUGAACCCAAGAAAAAGGUUUGUGAUGAAGUCCUAUUUUCUUUGUUUGGUAGCCUGCGACACCUUCUACAAAGUUAGAAAAGGAAAAAGAGCCCUUCACCUUACCUAAGCAAUUUUGCACUGCUGACCAAGUUACGUUUGGAGCAGAGGUUUGCUAUGUUACCCUUAAGAAUACCCCAUUUUACAAAACUGUGAAGACAAUAAGUCGCUAACUCAAGGAAACAACGACGGAGAAGCAUACGCCAUGGACACAAAUUAAAAUUAUCUUUGCUACGAAACGGUUGUAAAAAUGAAGUGAAAAGCAUCUGCAAGUCUGAAUGUUAUUCUGGGGUAACUGUUGGCUCCAAUAUCCGCACAUACGAGUUACUUAAAACUUAAGUAAAAACUUGAAAAAAGGGUUAUUUUUAACAAGGAAAAGUAGAUCAAGAUUCAUUGCCUUUUUUUAGAAAGUUGAAGCCCCUCAGUUUUUAGCCAUGCGUUCACUUAUGGUCAUAGAUUAUGUGAAAUAGUUUUAAGUUUUGUUUUUGGCUCUCUUCUUGCAGACUGGAAAACCCCUUAUGUUCCGUUCUGAGCCUCCACAAAGACGAAGAAAACAACAAGAUUCAGAUAAGAAACAAGAUAAAGAAGAGGAAGAACUCAAAUACUUCUUUACGUGAAUAACUAUGACUAUGUAGUCUUUGUACAACUCUUCAAUACUCCAGUUCACUUUUCAAUAUCUUAAAGCAUAGUUAGCAUAUAUACACACUGGAAAAAUGUUGACCUUGAGUUUAAAUACAACUUGUUUAUAGUGUAAUUAUCAAUAAAAGUUUGAUAUUGAAGAAAUUUUUGUGUAAUUGCCUUGUAUUAGUGGUAUAUCGUUUUAAAUACUUGGCAAUACGUGAAGGGUUGAUAAAACGUUUUGUAAGUAAGAGAUUUGUCCUAAAUUUUCGGCGGCCUUGGGGAAUUCUUGUUAAA